AUGGGCAGCUACGCCAUGAUCGGCCUGCCAGAGCAGGAGUACCCUGAGAGGUACGUCCCGGUGGACAGCAUGAAGACGGAGUACCCCAUCAUCAUCGGCGGUGAGAAUUUCGGGUGCGGCUCCUCCCGGGAGCACGCGCCAGUGGCUCUUGGCGCCGCCGGCGCCAAGGUCGUGCUGGCGCAGACCUUUGCGCGCAUCUUCUUCCGCAACUGCGUCGCCACGGGGGAGCUGUACCCGGUGGAGACGGACCGCCGCCUGUGCGAUGAGUUGGUCACGGGGCAGGAGGUGGAGGUGGACAUGGAGGCCAACGUGCUCAAGGUGGUGGAAACCGGGAAGACGUACGACCUGAAGGACCUGGGCGCGGCAGGCCCUGUCAUCGACGCGGGAGGCCUCUUUAACUUUGCGCGGCAAGAUAUGGAGGUCCAGACGGACGACCUGUCCUUUGCAGACGGCACGGCCAGCCCCGGCCCCUGCUGGACCCUGGGCCUGUGGCUGGCGUACUGGGACGCCAGGCUGCGGGUGGAUCUGGCGCCGGGGGAUGCGCUGCUCGUCCCGCCAGGCUGGCUGCUGGCCAGCGCCGCGCCGGAGCGCGAGGGCGCCAUCAGCCUACGGGGCAGCUUUCUCCUGGCCGCCAGCCUACACGUGCACCUGGACGCGCGGCGGCUGGAGGAGGCGCUGGCGGUGAGCCCGGCGCGGCAGUAUCCCCUGUUCAAGCAGACCAUGUGGCAUGCGGCCCUUUACUGGAGUGAGGUCCUGCGUCGCACGGCGGGCGUGUCGCGGAGGAAGCGGGACGCCCUGGCUGCCCAGCUGCCAAGCCCGGGCAGGGGUGUGCGGGAGUCCGGGUCGACGGAGGCCUGGACUGCCGGCGAGCAGGUCGGUGCGCGGGAGCGACUGCCCAGCCGGCGCAAGGUGGAUGGCGCGGCGGGGUCGCCGUCCGACCCCCCCCCGGGGGACGCCCUGGAAGCCAUGUAUGACGAGCUCUUUGGCGCAGCGUCGGACGAGGAGGCUGGCGAAGGUGGGGCUGAUGGGGUGAGGAGCACCUCCGAGGCAGUGUGCAUCAUGAAAGCUGAGCGGGGUGACGCCGGUGGAGUCGGUGGCGACGUCGAUCGCAUGGAUGCCUCGGACCAUGCAACUGGCGAGCACAGGCCGCCUCUGGCCCUGGAGGCCACGCAAGGCCCCGCCGCCUGCGACGGCGCGGCCGGCGACAUGCGACUGAUGAAGGCCGAUGGCCAAGACCCCACCGACGCAGCACCGCAGCAGCCUGAAGCCCUGUUGCCAGUGCACAUCCCACCAGGGAUUGCAGACCCGGGCGACGGGGUGCUGAGCCCCGCCCCGCCUGAGGACGACCUGGACCCUGUCUGGCUGGACGUCCCAGCGCGGCCGAGGAUGCAGCCGGCCCUGGCGGCCCUGCUUUUCUCCCUGCGCACCUGGCUGCGGCACCCCGCGGCGCUCAACGACGUCCCCCUGAGCGUCGCGGACCCAAAGGCAAUCGUGGCGGCGCUGGAGGUGGGCGUGAUCGCCAUGGGCUGGUCCCUGACCCCACUGAAGGCGACCGAGGCGCUGGAGGCCAGCUCCGACGACGACGACGUGCUGCGUGCCCCUGGCCUGGCCGAGGCACACCAAGGCGACGUGCCUGGCAGAGAUGACGACCCGGGCAGCGACUACCUCCCGGACGCCAGGGAAGAGGAGGAGGAGGAGGAGGUGGUGGUCGAGGAGUCCAACGGACCGCCCCAGCAACGGCCUGGCGCCACGCCCGGCGCCGCCCCCCGACCCAGGGUCCUCGCCAUGCAAGGGCCCAGCCCCAGCGUGCGGGAUACGCCCGUCCCCAAGCCGGCGGCGCGCAAGGCGGGUGCCAUGUCCAUCAAGGCGCGGCUGUCCAAGAAGCUGCGCCUCUGA